AUGAUUAGUUUACGAACAGUUCUAUACGUAGUGCUGGCCUCGAUUGGCGCCAUCAGGGCCGAUUGGGGCCCCAAAAUCCCCACCAUUACGGGAUUUUCUUCAAGCAUUCAAAAUAGCAUCAAUACCGGGACUUCGGUGAUAGCCGGGGCAAAUUCUACUGUUGUAGUCAACGUUAAUUUGGACUGGACAGGUGCUUUGGGUAUGAUCCAAUCGGCAUGCGUUCUAUUGGGGACUCCACUAGAUCAGGUGUACGCUACGAUUAAAUCGUACAGCACUGAUACAACGACUUCACAAACAUUGAUGGAGACAACCUUGAACUCAUUACUCACGAGAACGUCUACGACAGUGGAUAGUGCUAAUACUACGCUUCAAGGACUGCAAAAUGUGGUCAAGCAGAGUCAAUACGUUCCACUGGUUGGCAAUGUUACUAGUCUGAAAGGAUCCGUUACUAGUUUGGCAAGCGAUCUCACCACCUUGUUUGCAGCAAUAACCUCCGUUACGUCUGGAACGACUACGUACACUUCUACUACGAUUACGACCAAGAUAACUCAAGCAAUGCAAAACAAUAUCGUCAACGAUUUGACGGCUAGCUACAACUCUCUUGUGAAUAUAUCGAACAGCAUGAAGUCUAUAAUCAGUGAUCGACAGUUGGUCAUAGCGUAUCAGUCGACCAUGAACACUACCCGGAAUACUACGGCAGCUUCUGUCAAUACUGCUUUCAACACCUACGUCAAAGCGCUGGUAGCAGCUCAGCAAACAAUCAUAGCUAACAGCAAUACGACCCUGGCUAGUAUCCGUAGCUCAUUUGAUAAGAUCCUAACAUACCCGGCAGCAUUCUACAAUAACAACUGGCUCAACGUGUAUCUCAGUACACUCUACACGAUGAUGAACAACAAUGCUGUGGUCAUCUAUUCGGCUACCAAUAGCACGGUGGCCUACAAUGGUGCAACGCUGAGUGGAGCUCUGGUCAAGCUGAACAGUGCGUUGAGCGGCUUCGGGGAUCAGAUACUAAACACAACUAGCCUCUCCAACACAACCUUCGCCAAUCAGUGCAUCAACAAAUACGCCCCCUUGGUAACAUCGACGGCAAACAUCCAGAUCAGUCGUCUCACCAACUGCUUCACUGCUGAAACCAACGAUUUGUCAUCUCUAGGAACCGCUUCUCAGAAUACAAUCAACGACCUCAAGACCUACGCUUCCUUCUCAACAAUCUUUCGGUACGACCUGUGUACCAUUCCCGGUGGCAACUGUACCAUGCUUUUCUUAAACGCUGGAGUCGAUGGGCAGCUUGCAACUUCGGUUAACGUCAAGAUCACCCAACUGUUGAAGCAGUUCACCAAUACGCUGAGCAUCUUCAACUACCGGACCAUUUUCUGCUACAACGCCGUCAUGAAUGACAUUUUGGACGUGCUGGCAACGAUGCAGCAGCAGUUCAGCAACUGUCUGAAUACGGGCUUUUAG